ACCUAGAUCAUGUGACUCCGCGGUUCGGUCACAACAAAGAUGGCGGCUCGGUGGAGCGGCGGGGUUCGCUGUGUGAUCUUUGUGUUUUCUGUCUUUACUUCGUGUCAGAGUUUGAUGAGCGGAGCAGAAACGAAGCAGAGGAAGUUGUCCACAGAGUUGAACCCCGGUUUGUCCACAGCGCCCCCGGGAGGCGACCUGCUGCAUGUGAGAGCCGUAGGAGACAAUGAUACGCUGCACUUCCUUUUCUGUAGCCUGGGGGCGCCGACGCUGCUGCUCGUCCACACCAACUCCUCUUCUUCUACUGUCAAGGUGAACUGGCCUCUGUUUCUGGCUCGUAACACCAGCGACAGCCUGAUGGUGGAGCCAGAGAGCAACAUCCUGUACAGCACCGCCGUUGUCUUCAGCAGGUUGUUUGAGUAUGACGACGUUAACGACACGGCUGAUCCGACCUCUGACCUUUUCCCUCCGUACGAGCUGCGGAACUUCACCUGGUCUCGUCUCAACCAAUCGGAUCCGAUCCCUCUUCUCUGUGGAUCCCCCACAAACUUCACCAACGGGUCGCUGUGCCUGCAGUUGUCGUUUUUUGACUCGGAGGGGCGUGAUCAGUUUUGGCCCCGCCUCAAGCACACAGCUGACUCCUCCCAACUGGGGGUGUGGCUUGAUGGUGUGUUGCCACGGGCAGCUCAUUCCAGGUUCUUAUUGGAGCUGCAGGCAGUAGGAGGGGCUUACCCUUGGAGCAGAUUGGAGGUCCAUCAAUCCAUCGAUGACGAGUACACGCCGUCAAUAUUCAAGGUGUCUCGGUGGAUUUCAUCGGCGAACGGCAGCUCUGAUGUUCUGGGUUUUGUGCAGUGGAAGCCAGUGGCGUACCGCCAGCCUCAUCCAGCUUUGGAGGAUGCCACGCCGUGCCGUCACUCCGAUCCCCGGGCUCAGAACGGCGAGGCGACCGCGGCAUCGUCUGGUCUGAUCCAAGGUUUUUUCUCACAACCGGAUGUGUUUGGAGUCAACGUGAGCUUUGGCCUCGCAGGAGAACCGUUCUACAACAGCACCAAGUUCCUCAGCUGGACGGUGUUGGUGGGCGUCGGCUCUCCUCCUGUUGACUCUUUCUCUCCGCUGGUUGUCACCAUCAUGGCGGUCGGUCUGGGAGCUCCCGUGCUCCUCCUGCUGCUGGGCGGGCUCUGGGUCUGCAUACGUAAGAGCGCGGCGGACUCGACGACAGCCUACGAGCCAAUCAACUGACGACUGGGUCCCAGCCAAUGAGACGACAGAGAUGGUACGGUCAACCAAUCGGGACCAAGGGUAUUUUAAGAUUUUUAAUUUUCUCUGCCUGUUCAGUUUCUACGUGUUGAAGCUUAUGUUUUGAUCAAAGUGAUAUUGAUAUUUAAUAUUGAUUAAUUUACACUGUUCAUCAGCUUUGACUCAAAGUCACUGAAUAUUUGAUUUAAUAUCUGCUGAUGGACAGAUGACAGCACUCUUCUGAAGACCCACCUCUUGCAGCCCAGUCAGCCAAUCAAGAGAGACUUCUGAGAGACAUAUUGAUUGGCAGGGCUGAAAUUAUGUUUUCAUUAUUGAUUAGUUGACUCAUUGAAGGUGUUUUGUGACAUUUUAAUCAUUAAAUUCAGGCGACAGAGAAACAGCUCACACAGAGUUUAAUUCUUAAAUCUGACCAACACCAGAGCUGCCGAGGGCCAAUCAGAGAGCUGGGAGCAUCUGCUCCUGAGCUGGAGGUCGACCUUGAGCUCCGAGCUCAGUGAGGACGCUCGUCUUAAAGUCCGCGUUUGGUUUUUGAAGGACAGGUGGACACGAGCUUUAAACUCACACUGAUGUUGUUUAACCUGCUUUACUCUCACAUCGAAAUCAGCUGUUUGACAUCCUGCACAAUCUGAACCUGUUUUAUACGAGUGGAUCAGAUCUGCUGAAACAUUUCGUUCCUGCU